AUGCCGGCCGAUCUUUCUGGCAUCCGCGAUUUACCCAGGGACGAAGCAUUCGCCAUCACAGCAGAUUUCCAAGCCGACGACCACCCGCAGAAGGUCAGUUUGGGGGCAGGAGUCUACCGAGAUGAAAGCUCCAAGCCAUGGGUUCUGCCCAGCGUCAAAGAGGCCAAAAAGCGGCUUCAUGAGCAGGAGUUAAACCACGAGUAUCUGCCAAUCCAAGGCUCCGAGCCAUUCCUCACUGCCGCGAGGGAGCUCAUCCUGGGCCCAGCGCAAAGCGAAAACACGGUGAUCUCGAUCCAGACCAUCUCUGGCACCGGCGCAAACCAUCUCGCAGCCGCCUUCCUGUCCCAACACCUGAAGCCCAAACAUGUCUUCUUCUCAGACCCAACAUGGAGCAACCACUCGCUCGUCUGGGAGGUUGCCGCGCCCGACGUCGUGCAAAAGACCUACCCCUACUAUCUCCCCGCAAGCAGGUCCCUGGAUUUCGAGGGCAUGAUGUCGACGCUGGAAUCUACCGCCGUCGAAGACGAUAUCGUUGUACUGCAUGCCUGCGCGCACAACCCCACAGGGAUCGAUCCAAGCCGAGAGCAAUGGCGCACUCUCGCUGAACUGAUGAAGCGCAAGAGACUGUUUCCGGUGUUCGACUCGGCAUACCAGGGGUUCGCAACGGGGGAUGUAGACGCCGAUGCUUGGGCGGUCCGAUACUUCCAGCAAACGCUAUUUGGUGCAACUGAGUCGGAACCACGGCCGCAGGGGAUGGGGAUCGCACAGUCGUUCGCGAAGAACUUCGGUCUGUACGGCGAGCGAGUUGGGGCCUUCCAUCUUGUCCUGCCUCCACGGGCACCUGCAGCAGGAGCACGUAGCCAGCUCCUCCGCCUUGUGCGGGCGGAAAUGUCCAAUGCCCCUUUGUUUGGCUGUCGAGUUGUGGCGAUGAUUCUCUCCGACCCUGAGCUUAGAACGAGGUGGAAGGAAGACCUGCAGACGAUGUCGGGACGCAUCAAGCGGAUGAGAUCGAUUCUCAGGCGGGAGAUCGAGAAACAUCCAAAGUCGGAAGUGGGCGAUUGGAAGCAUCUGGAAGAUCAGAUCGGUAUGUUUAGCUAUACGGGGCUGAGGGAGGAGCAGGUGUUGAGGCUGAAGGACGUGCAUCACGUCUACCUGAUGCGUAACGGACGAGCAAGCCUGAGUGGUUUGACGGAGGCGAACGCGGAGUAUGUGGCUGAUGCCAUUGCUGAAGUGAUGCGUUAUCAUCCGGUAGGACUGAAAUAA